AUGGCUAAAAAGAUUAUUACUAUCGUGGGAGUUACGGGCAAGCAGGCCUCAGAAGCAUAUUUUCUUACCAGACGCAAGGGUGCCUCCGUUGCCGAAGUGUUUGUUGGCAAGCCAGAGUGGCAUGUUCGUGGCCUUACGCGCGACCCAAGCAAGCCCGCAAGCCGAGCUUGGGCAGACAAGGGUGUCGAACUCGUCACAGCCGACAUGAAUGAUGCCGCCUCCCUGAAGACGGCCUUUGCAGGAUCAACAGUCAUCUUUGGCGUUACUGACUUCUGGACCGCCGUGGCCAGCCCCGAAGUCCAGGAGCGCGCUCAGGCCACAGGCCGCCCAGCGAACGUGGUCGCUCACGAGGUUGAGGUGCAGCAAGGUCGGAAUAUUGUAGACGCCGCAAAUGCAACCGUGGACACCUUGGAUCGAUUCGUGUUCUCAACGCUCUCCGCCACGAACAAAUGGAGCAAGGGAAAGUAUACCCACAAUCUUCACUUCGACGGGAAGUGGGAAGUCGUUGAAUACUUGAAGGCCUCCUAUCCGGUACUGGCAAAGAAGACAUCAUUCCUGCAAGGGCAAAAGCUGACAUCGUAUAAGCAAUCCGACGGUACCUUCCUGCUGAGCCUUCCCACAGAUGGCGAUGCCCCGGUUCCCAUGGUCGAGGCGCGCCACGACACCGGCAACUUCGUCAACGCUCUAUUGCAGGUUGAGCCGGGCAAAAACCUCCUUGGCUAUUCUAGCAUGUUGAGCUGGAAUGAGUUCGCUGCCUUGUGGGGUAAGAUUCAUGGCGUGACGUGUCGCUUCCAACGUCUUGACCGCACUGUACUUGAAAAUGCGGUCCCUGGUGGCAUAGGCGAGGAACUGGCCGAUAUGUUCGGUUAUAUCGGAGACUUCGGCUAUGAUGGUGGUGAUCCAAGUGUUGUCCACCCGAAAGAACUUGGCGUGCCAGUCCCGGUCUAUACUGUCGAGGAGUAUAUCAAGGAGGAAGACUGGUCUGGAGUCCUUUAG